AGUUUUAUCGCCAUAUUUAGUGCAGGGUCGCCGGCAGUGUACGAGGAUUUUAAGCCGCCGUUGCUCCACUAAGUAAUUCAAUAUAGCAUAUUUGUUCACUUUCCUAUAACCUUCGCAUCCCUCUGCACAAGCAAACAACGUCGCUUACCAUUUCCACCUCCUCCCGAUCCCCAAGUAACCAUGGCAGAUCGAGAGCAUUUGGUAUACCAGGCUAAACUAGCAGAGCAAGCAGAGAGAUACGAUGAAAUGGUGGAGACGAUGAAGAAUGUUGCAGGGAAGGACAUCGAGCUCACAGUAGAGGAGAGAAACCUGUUAUCAGUUGCGUAUAAGAAUGUGAUUGGUGCGCGGAGAGCUUCCUGGAGGAUAAUCAGCAGCAUUGAGCAGAAAGAGGAGAGCAAGGGCGGAGAGGACAAACUCAAAAUGAUCCGAGAAUACAGACAAACGGUUGAGAAUGAGCUGAAAUCUAUUUGUAAUGACAUACUGGAUGUACUGGACAAACACCUCAUUCCUGCAGCCAACACAGGAGAAUCCAAAGUUUUCUACUACAAAAUGAAGGGUGACUACCACAGGUACCUAGCAGAGUUUGCCACAGGUAAUGACAGGAAGGAAGCAGCAGAGAACAGUUUGGUGGCGUAUAAAGCUGCCAGUGACAUUGCCAUGAUUGAGCUCCCACCCACACAUCCCAUCCGGCUCGGCCUAGCACUCAACUUCUCUGUCUUUUACUACGAGAUCCUUAACUCCCCCGACCGCGCGUGCAGGUUGGCGAAGGCAGCGUUUGAUGAUGCGAUAGCUGAGCUGGACACACUGAGUGAGGACAGUUACAAGGACUCUACACUCAUCAUGCAGCUGUUACGGGACAACCUGACGCUGUGGACUUCAGACAUGCAGGGAGAUGGUGAGACAUACACACCUUAGAGAAGGGAAUUGCCA